ACUCUCUGGUAAAGGAGUGAAGGGAGGGCACAACACGUACUGUUGUCAUUGGAGGCUCGACAGCAGCACAGGGAAACCACAACUCGACAGAAAAUCUGCAAGCAGAAGACAUUUAUAAUCAGACAUUGAAAUUGUUACAAGGACGUUGGAAAGGAGAGUUAACAACCAAGAGCAGAAAGUUGACCGGGAAAAGUAAAAAGUAUUGUCUCCUCAAGGUAGCCACUGGACAGCUGGUGUCUGCUCCGCACUGAAGGCAUCCCCGUCGCUGAGGUUAUGUCAACAGCUGUACUUCUUCGCAUAGCUCGGUCUGCAGGAGGACACCAGCUAUGUCGCAACAAGGCUCGCCAGAUUGCCUGUGCGCUACAACAGGAGAGUCCCCGGCGAGCCUUGAGUACCCCGAGUAUGCCCCUGUCCAGCAGCUCUCGCUUUGACCCCGACAGCAGCGGGACUCCCACCACCUGGGAUUCGUUUGGAAUCUGGGACAAUCGCAUCGACGAGCCCAUUCUACUUCCACCUAGCAUACGUUAUGGGAAGCCUAUCCCGAAGGUGAGCCUGACUAAGGUGGGCUGUGCCUCUCUCAUUGGGCAGAGAAAGGAGAAUGAGGACCGUUACCAGAUGUCCCAAAUGACGGACAGUAUCAUGUACUUUGCUGUUUUCGACGGCCAUGGCGGGCCAGAGGCGGCAGACUUCUGUUACAAGUUCAUGGAAAAAUACAUCAAAGAUCUUGCAGCUGAAGAGCAGAACUUGGAAGUGGUUUUGACCAAAGCAUUCAUAGAAGUGGACAAAGCCUUAGCGAGACAACGUCACUUCUCCCCAGAUGGCGCGCUGUUGUCUGCGGGUACCACGGCAACCGUGGCAUUGCUAAGAGAUGGCAUCGAGCUGGUGGUUGGCAGCGUUGGAGACAGCCGAGCCAUGCUGUGCCGCAAGGGCAAGGCCCUCAAGCUGACAGUGGACCACACGCCAGAAAGGAAGGAUGAGAAAGAGAGGAUCCGUAAGAGUGGAGGCUUCGUGACCUGGAACAGCCUGGGACAGGCCAAUGUCAAUGGCAGACUGGCCAUGACCCGGAGCAUAGGGGACUUUGACCUGAAGAAGAUGGGGGUCAUCGCUGAGCCAGAGACCAAACGUGUUUCGUUGCAUCACGUCCACGACUCCUUCCUAGCACUCACGACGGACGGCAUCAACUUCAUCAUGAACAGUCAGGAGAUCUGUGACGUCAUCAACCAGUGUCACGACCCCAAAGAAGCUGCCCAGAGGAUCUCUGAGCAGGCGAUACAGUACGGUUCCGAGGACAACAGCACAAUCAUCGUGGUGCCAUUUGGCGCCUGGGGCAAACACCAGAGCACUGAUGUCCGAUUCUCCUUCAGCCGAAGCUUCGUCUCCAGUGGUCGUUGGGCUUAAGGCGGAGGCAGAGACGGAGACAAUGAUAUGACUGAGAGGAGAAGGAGAAUGAGUGGCGAUUUCCAUUCACAAUGGGAUUUUAAGUGUGCAAUAUGUAGGAAUCCCUUUCUAAUCUGAGAGAACUGUGAUCAAGCGCCUUAGAAAUGUCAUAUGAUCCGAGUGUAUAUAGUCGGGUAUGGGGAGGAGAAGGUUCGGAAGUAGUAUUAAUGUGCACUUAUCGAGGGACACGUCCAGCACAUCACUGUACAGCCUCAACAUUCGACUCCUGACACAUCUGGCAACUUGCCACAACUCGUGUUUUGCACAUAUUGGGUUUAGCGAAGGGCUAUCCUUGGUGUCCAGAGAAAAAUGAUGCAUUUGUUCAAUGUGGCACGUGUUCUAGAAUGUUGGAUCAUUUCUGCAGGUGGCAUUCACAAAUGCAGCUUUGGCGCCCCCUGUAGGCAUGGUUUGAAUGUGACGGCUGUUUUAUCGGUUGUUGCAUAAAGUGGCACGUGGAGGGGAAUGUGCAGUGGUUUCCUAAGCAAGUCAUUGUGCAACUUCAACUUGGGACAGAAUGGAGUCAGAUGGUGUGGCAGCCACUUCAGCACGAGAGCCCACUUGCACUCAGUGGGUUGAAACUGAGGUUAAUUUUUGUUUGUUUUUUUUAUUAGAGGGAGAUUUCCAGCUGCAAAUGUGCUGUUGAUCAUAUGUAUGGUAUAAAAUGUCCAAUGGUGCACUUCAAUGUGUCACUUUGCCUGCUUAUGAAUGUUCAAUUGUUCAUUAUGUAUUUAAAACACUUACUAGCCGUCUAAUUUUGAACAUCAGCUGUUCUACGUACAUGUUGGCAUUGGAACAGGCCUUUCUUCUGGGGGUAGUUUUAAACUGAAAAUGAUGUGCAACAAUGGGUUUAACAUCUUGUGCAUCUUCCUGAAGGACAAAUUAUGCUGUUGCUUUAUGCAAUCACUGUCAGUCCAUCGGUAAUGAGCUGUGCUGAGACGUGUACUGGUAUUAUAUGGGUUCAACAUGCGACUUGAUUACCAGGUUGGUGUAAGAGGGAAUGACAGGGAUGCACCGAGACUAAAGUCUUGAUGGAGGUACUUCGAUCAGAAAGUGUAAAAAAAAAUCUUUAAAAAAAGACCCUGCAAAGCCCCUUAAAUGCCAUAUUAUACAGGCUCAACAGACUUGUACAGACUCCUUGACUUGUCUCACAUUUUUCAGUUGACUUGAUAACCUAUCAGCUAGUGUGAGCUACUGAACAUGUCAACAUCAGGUUGAUCUGAUUAAGGCUUUACCCUUAUGUGGCAUUGGCGGAAUAGAUCAUAGUAAGCACUUAAGUGGCACUAGCCUUCUAUCCUCACUACUGAACUACCAAUACCUGUCAGGUGUGAUCCCAAUUGAGAAACUGUUUUUGCGAGGGAGGUUUGAAAAACCAAAUGAUUUUGAACAAGUUAAAUGCUCUGUGCCCCAUGAAUGCCCCAAGUCCCCUCCCCUUCAGUCCCUGAGACACUGCUUUGUACAUAAUAAAUUUGUAUUUUUUGUAUAUAACUAUUUAUAUAUUUUGAUGUCUGGCUACAGUACUGUGGUUUUUAAGAUGUAUACUACUAUUGUAAAGUGAUUUGCUCACUUUAAUGUGUGGGUGUUGUGUUGAGUGAGCCUAUAGAACUCAGUUCUUUUUCGGAAUUUCGUUUAAACUACUCUCUUUGGGUUACUCCAUCGCAGAGUACAAUUCCACCGACAAUUCCAAUUUUGCCUUGUAUACACCCGCAAGGAUGGCGGGAAAGGAGGCAGCCAGUGGCCUCUGGCAUGAUUAAAAGAAGUUUUCGGUGGAAUUGUACUCUGCUAUGGCGUAAGCCAUAGAGAGUAGUUUUCUUUCAAUCCCUCAAAGAACCGGGGACUUAUAGAAGUCCUAUUGUUUUCUGCUGUCAGCGUGAGAGCCAUUGGCAAGGUGGGAAAGAAGGGGGCAGUUGUCAAAUAUGACACUCUGUGUCCAUGAAUAAUGCUGGUGUCGGCAGCCUUAUGCGACACGAGAGUGGCUUUGUGAAAAUGUGUAUGUUGUUUGAAAUGACUGUAUGCUUCGACUGAGGCAUUUCAUCCUUUGUGUCUUCCUGCAUAUCUCUGUGGUCCUCUCUUGCCGGUCUCCUUAAAACAAUAACUCCCAUCAGUGGGCUAGUGGAACUCUAAUGUACUGUUAUAUGUUGUGGACAACACAAACGUCCUCUUUUAUGUACACAAUACUGUAGGGAGGUCCGAUUGCUCCUAUUAAUGUGAACAAUUACCACAACUGAAUGUAUGGUGAUUCCUCAAACAUUUGGUCAUGUAAACUCUAUAGCUUAAGUCCUUUCCACACAACUAAGUGCUAUUUACUCUUGUUGUGCAGCUUCCUCUUUUGUCAUAACACUUGCUGGUGAAAACUAUCUUGUUUUUGUUUGACAUCAGAUCAAUGAUCAAUUCACUUCCAGACUCCAUUUUUCCAACAUGGAUAGUACGCGUCUUGUGCAAUUGGAGAAUGUCAAGAUUUACAGUAAAAUGGUUGUUGUCAAAGAAGGAAGCUAUAUCCAUCCUACAACACAUUCUGCAGUACAGCAUGAUUGACCAGCUCACUUGCCAUGGUACAAUAUGCCAUUUUCUUCCAUGUUGUGUACAUGCGCUUCAGAUCUCUGAAUAAACCCCAAACAAGAAUUA